UGGUCAAUCCUUCACCUCGCUCACUGACGACACUGAGUCUCGCCAGACUCUUACAGGCGCGUGCACCGCUGUCACAUCGGAAAUGUAAACAAAUGGUAUGUUUUGAGUAGUUUUGUGAACAGCCUCCACUUAUCCGCUGCUCCUUUCUCCACAGUCUAAGCCUGAAUAUCUGAGAUAUAACAUUUCCGGAGUUUUGAUGUCAGUCGAGCCGUACGUGCUAACGCGCUAUGCUAACGUUAGCUCUCUAAGAGUUUGUGAAGUUGUGGGGGAGUCCGGAUGACAGAGGGCGACACAGGUGAGGAGAUGGGGUCUGUCCGGUGGGCUUUUCGCUGUGGGUCGUGGACACCGAGCAGGUCUGACUGGCUCUUAUCUGCUCGCUGUGUUCAGAGGGAGGAGAAAGACAGGAUAGGACAGUUUGUGUUCGCCAAGGAUGCUAAAUCUGCCAUGGCCGGCAGGUUGUUGCUGAGGAAGUUUGUGUGUGAGAGGAUGGGGCUCCCCUGGUCAGAGAUCAGACUGGAGCGAUCCCCCAGAGGGAAACCUUACCUGGCAGCACCGGUGAAGGUUGGUUCAGAUUCAGGUCAGGCCUGGGGUUUCAACCUCUCCCACCAGGGGGACUAUGCUGUGCUCGCUGCAGAACAGGGGAUUCAGGUGGGAGUGGACAUCAUGAAGACUACCAUGCCAGCCGGCUCGGAGCACCAGCAGCUCGCUGCUUUCUACCGCCACUGGGCUCUGAAGGAGAGCUUCAUCAAAGCCAUCGGCACAGGGCUGGGCUUCAACCUGCAGAGAGUGGAGUUUCACCUGUCCUCCAAGCCACUCAACCAGGAACAAGUGCUGCGCCACACCAAGAUGCAUCUAGAUGAAGAAGAAGAAGAGGACUGGCUGUUUGAAGAGAGCCUGCUGGAUGCUGACCAUCACGUUGCCGUAGCACUCGGACCAGCGGACAAACAAGGCUCUGCAGUAAGGGCACAACAUCUGCUGUAUACUUCUCUUCCUUCAUCUCGUCCUCCUCCCACUACAUUUACGCUACUGUCAUUCAGUGACCUCAUCGCCUCAGCUUGCCCUCUGACAGAGGAAGACCCCGCCGACUGGGAGAACUUCAAGAUGAAGGCUGAAGCUCCACAGAGACAAAGAGAAAGACACACAUCGACAUGACUGCCUGUCUCACACCGUCAACGACUUGCCGUAGCUUUCAGAAGUUCUAGAAAAGGAACAGGAAAACUGGCACUGAAGUUGCUUUCUCAUUCAGCACAUUAUUAAUGUCAAGGGCAUUUUGGUUGACCAUUGCAUGUUCCAGCUUACCUUCUCAUCCCUGAGGUAAACAGAUAUGCAAACACAAGAAGUGAAACCGAGAUUAGUGUUUUAUGUCAUUACCAAAACUAAUUUGAACAUGUGACUAUAUCUGAAUUAAAAUCAGUCAGUACUAAUCCAGAACAGAUGGAAUCUUUGACCUUGACAAUAGAAAAAGGAUAUCAUUAGUUAUCAUAUUUGUAUAAACGUACAAUUGUCUGAAUUGCUGUGAACACAGCCCUGACUCUUGAUAGCGUGUGAUUUGUGCAAUACACACAGAGACUCAAACACAGGGGCUAGGCUCUGGCCUUAUUUUCUCACACCACUGACUGUGUUUUUCUAAACUUAGCCUUUUGGGACAAUAAAAGGGAAUUAUGGUUAUUGAUGAAAUGGAAACAUGCUUUCCAGUUGGCUUUCAUCCAAGCAUAUAGGGUACGUCAGAGAGAGUUCAGUCAGGUAAGUGUGUAGGUAAGCAUGUGCAUGAACCUGUGUUGUGAGUGAAAUCAAAACAGCUCAGAAAGACACAUACGUAGUCAUUGCCUUCAGAUGGAGUGAAUUUGUUUGCC